AUGCUUUUCAGGGAACGCAUAGCCAUGUCAAACACUAGCUCUCAAGCACUUGGAUCGGCAGAUGAGUCUGGUUACGUCACUACACGCCCGAAAGUCAACCGCGACUCGAGCACCGAACCGACUGAAGAUCCGUCUACAGGAUCAGAGACUGGAGAGGAAGUGAGCAGCCAGGCACCGACUGAGGAAACUUCAGCCCCGCCGAUACCGAGCCUUCGCGACAGCUGA